CAACAUCGCAGUUUAAUCGCCGCCCCGAGAGCCCCAUACAGUAAAGGCGCCUCGUUUAUUUCAAAACACAGAACAGAAUGCCACUGCCGCAGCGACAGAGUUAGAGUGCGGUGAAAUCGUAAUAGCAGUAGUAACAAUUUAACAGAUUCUAUCGGCUUCGCGCAGAUUGUUUGGACAGAGCUAAACAGUCGGGAGCACAGUGUUCAUUAGCCAUUCACAAAAUAAACUGGGACGGAUGACAUUAAAAAAGAGCAGCUCUGCAUUUUCAACAGGUAGAAAGUUAAAGAUUGAGAGCUGGGCUUCGUUUUCAGCGGUUUACCUGCAUAUCAUUCAUUGUUCAUCCUUCAUCUAGAUCAGUAGAAGACAUAGCUACAAUUAGGCACUGCGGAACACUGCGGAAACACAUUGGCUGUCGAAAGAACACCCCGGGGCUUCGAAGGAAAGACCAUCAAGCUCUAUAAACCUCUCCACCAAGACUGAUUGAAGCCUGAACCUCUGCUCUCCAUCUUCCUCCUCCUCCUCCUCCUCCUCCUCCUCUUUUCUCACUCCUGCGCUGUGAUGGCACGGCGCGUGUGACCCAUGGGCCCCUCCCCCACCACCCUGUCCAAGCUGAAACUGGGGAAGCUGAAGGUGGUGCGCCGGCAGCUUCUGCAGCGCUAUGAGCACCAGCCCUUCGUGUCCUGCCUGGCGGGCCUCUACGGGUGCCAGUGGCGGCGCUACCAGCGGGCGCGCACCCCGCCGGGGGAGUGCUGCUGCAGCAAGAUGGAAUGUGGCAGUUUUGGACUCCUGAUAGCAACAUUUUGCCUCUCCCUGGUGUUUCUGUAUUUCUGGAGUGAGGCACAGAAUGACUACAAUGACUUUGACUGGUUCAACUUUGGAAACCUGGGGUUCUGGUUUCCCUGGUCAGUGGUGCUUCUGGUUGUUGCUGCUGCAUUCUUCAGUUAUGUGACUCUGCUGCUGGUUCUUGCAGUGUGUUUGCUGUCUGAGGGCCAGCAGCUGUAUCUGCACUGGGGACACAAGAUUGGGAUCCUAGUGACUCUGACUUUCUCCAUUGUGGCCACGGCUGUGCUUUCGGACCUGUGGAGCAAAGAAUGGUCUACUCUCCUCCUCUCCUUCCAGGUUACAGCACCAUAUCUGCAUGUGGGCGGGGUCUUGAUGAUGACAAUCCUGUCCUGGCCAAUAGCCUUACAUUACUUCCGCAUGAACAAGAAAGUGCGACAAGCGGUUACCAUGGGACUGUACGUGGCAGUGCUCUUUUCCCUUUACCUGGUUCCCCUGGGUUUGUACUCUCCCUGCAUCAAACAAGAGGGCACCCUGGGACCUGCUCCCAUUCUCAUCGGGCACAGAGGUGCCCCCAUGCUUGCGCCAGAAAACACCCAGAUGUCCUUUGAGAAAGUAGUCGAAGCAGGAGGUGAGGGCUUGGAAACGGAUGUCACCAUCAGCUAUGAUGGGGUUCCAUUUCUGAUGCAUGACAGAACUUUGCGAAGGACCACAAAUGUGCAGGAAGUGUUCCCGGACCGCACAGAUGCCCUGGCCGCCAUGUUCAAUUGGACCGAACUUGAGAGGCUUAACGCUGGCGCCUGGUUCCUCUCUCGUGACCCCUUCGGAACUGCCUCCUCUCUGGCCCCAGCGGAUCGGGCCCGAGCGCAGAAUCAGUCUGUCUUCACGCUGCGCGACUUCCUGGACCUGGCUGCCCUGCAUGGAAAAAUGGUGAUCUUUGACCUUUACCGCCCGCCUAGGGGCCACCCCUAUAGAGACACCUGGAUCACCCGCACUCUGGAGGUCAUCCACAACGAGUCCUCCAUCCGAUCCAACCAGGUGCUGUGGCUGCCAUGGGAAUUGAGAGACCUUGUGCAGGAGUUGGACCCAGCCCUGCAGCAGACCUCUGGAAAGAGGGCCUCCAUCGAAGAGCUGCAGGAGGGCAACAUCGUUAAGCUGAACCUCCACUACAGCUCCAUGUCCGAGGAGCAGAUAAGCAAGUAUGCAUCAGUGAACAUCAGCACUAACCUGUAUGUGAUCAGCCAGCCCUGGCUGUACUCUCUGGCCUGGUGUGCCGGGGCCCAGUCUGUCACCACCAACGCCUUGCAUGUCCUCAAGAACCUGCGUAGGCCGCUCUUCCUCAUGACUCCAGAGAAUUACAAACGGAUGUGGGUCCCUACGGAUGUUGUGUCUGCCGCCCUCAUCCUCAUCGUCUUUAUCUUUCACUGGUGGAGGGAACGGGGUCUGGCUUUCUACUCAAGCAGUCGAGAAGCAAAUGACAAUGGAAACUACAGCAAGUUCAGAACCGAGCUGAGUGACAUAUGGUCCAUCUCUGGCGUCAGUGCUCUCGGGCAGCCACUGAAUGCAGCCAUCGCCCCAAAACUGAGCUCCAUUUCUGAGCUGCAGGAGGCCUCUGGGACAGCCCAUCUGCCUUGACCCUUCACAUUUCCCUGCUCCUGAUGAUCAGUGUUCACUGGACGUGCUAUAAGUCUACAGAGAAAAUAAUCCGACUUACUGGAAGUGAUGUCACAGGAAGCUUAGCCUCCAGAAAGGAAGUUUAGCAAUAUUGGCAGGAUCAUCCAGGUGCUUGCCAUUCGUUGAAUUCUCUACCUCUUCCCAGCACUUGUUCAUGUCUUGUGGGGGAAUAAAGCCCUUACUGAGUAUUACACAGUAUAUGAGCUGUGAAGUACCAUGUGGAUAUCAUACGUGAUACAUGGAUUUCUGCUGCCAAAUUGAUUAGCAUUAAUAUUUGUGUUCACAUGUAGAAAUACAAAAGGCAGCAGUAUGAGUUAAUGUGAAAACAGCGUGAAUACACAUAUGAUGUGUGAACUGUGUAAAUGAUAUUUUCCUGUGACGUUUCAGUGAUUACAUCUAUUUGAAUGUAAUGUGAAGCACAGGUGGUGCUCAUACAAGUGGCCUAGCCGCAUUUCCUCUCUUUAAUCAAAUCUCCCUGUCAAACAGGAUUCUAGUGAAGUAUUCAUGUAACUGGCUUCCUGUGUAGUAUGAAUAUGUAGUUUUUAUUUAAAUGACUAGAAGCACAUUGGACAUACAUGGAAAAAGACUGCUCGUAUUAUUACUGUUAUAGGUUUUACUGUAUGAAACCAUACAAAACUGAUAGUGAAUUACAAGCACUUUUUGAACAUAUGUUUGCAAUUUUCAUGGUCACUUAAGCAUGGAUUAUUUCUUUAUUUCAAGUUUUAUGCAUUUAGAGCCAUAUACGGACAGUCUUGGAAAAGGGCACAAAAAACAGUAUCCAAACAUUAUUGUCCUUCUGGUAAGGAAUAAAAAUAUAAUUAGAUGCAUUACAUUUCUGGUUUCAAAGUUUGAAAUUAAUAUGUAGAAAGGUUCUACACACUCACUGGCAGGUCCACUAAAAACUCCAGCUCAGGCAGUUGGUGUUUGUUUCUGUUUGAUAGUAGAACUGUAAAACUGUAAAACUGUUAAAAGAAUAUUUUAGUAUUCCCUAUUCAGAACUGGUGAAAACUCUCUUUGGGGCCCCACUGGGUUGCUCGUCAUGUGAAUGGUCUGUUGGUAGUGGGGCUCAUGGUAUGGUAUCAAGCCCAGACUUUGGCAGUACUUGCUGUAGUUGUUAGCCACCCAGGAUGGUGUUUAAUUGACUGCAGCAUCAUCUAGGAAGUGAGAGAUCUCUCUUGAUCUGAACAUACUGUCUCAACGACCCCCUCUGGUCAGCUGCGUGACCACAGUCUGCCUGAGCUACACAUGGAAGUGUGCUCCAGUGACUCACUGCGGAGUGAGAAUGAGCAGUGGCUUGGCAUUGUGUUUUGGAGGAGAGUGCCCGUUCGUCUGAGCCACAGAACAGGUCUGUGCUCUCCAGAAUUGAGAGAGGAAGUUGCAGUGAUGACCUUAAUCCCACACAAAUGGGACAUUUCAAAUUUGGAGAAAAAUAGGGGGAAAAUAAAUAGAUUAAUUCCUUUGUGUAUGUACCACAAAAGAGAAGGGGCUGCAGUGAAUGUGCGAUGACAUUCAAAAUUAGUAUAGCACAAAUAUAUGUGACUUCUGAGGCACUUCUUAUGAGUGGCCGAAGGAGCCACUAUGCAUAAGCCACCUUGGUAAAAACAGAUUAGAAGAGUUAUCUAAUGAAAAAGAUAUUCUGGUUGUGUCGCAGGACAGCUUACUUUCCUUUUUCUUUGUCAAUGAAGAGCCAUUGUGAUAUUUACAUUGACUUCUGUGUCUCUUUGCUAUAUGCUAUGACUAUAUGGUAUGUAAAAUAAAUAUUUUGAAAUA